UGAGUCGGUCGACCGCGAGGCGCAGCAGGAGGGGUCGAGGAGGAAGGGAAGGGAAGGGAAGGGCUGCGCUCGUUCGCCUCCUCGUAGUCUUCCUACGAUCCGCUCUCCAUUCCGUCGGCCAGUGUUGACGCUGACGACGAGGUAUUCGCGAUUGAACGGUAGCCGGAGAGAACGGAAGCGCUCGGGUAGAGUAAGAGAGCGGGUUGGAGCGGAGUGUGGGAGAUAAGGGGGAGAAAAAAGAGAGAGAGAGAGGGAGCGAGAGCGAGAGAGAGAGAGAGAGAGAGAGAGGGAGCGAGAGAGCGAGCGAAAGAACGAUAAGACAGGGAUAGGGAAAAGCAUACAAGGUGGGGAACAGAGGGAGCUAAGAGGAAGAGAGCGCCUACGACGACGUCGCGACGAUCUUCCGUGCCGCCGUCGAGACUCCGAGGACAGAGUAUCGACAAGACGGAUGGACAGAUCGACGAAUGGGACCGUGGCUCGUAUGACCAGUGGGUCCUCGCAUAGCUCCCCCGAUGAAUCGGCCGAUUGGAGCGAUCGGCGCCGAUCGUCGCCGAUGACACGACAUUAAUCGUCGCGCGGCCAUCGCCACGAUCGCGUACAGUAGCAAGAUAACCUACUCGAGACUGGUAAUAGCGGCGCAGGUGGACGAAGGUUUGCUGCCCAAUUAAGGUCCAACGAGUUCUCUCAUCCGGAGGAGCCGUGGAGGGGGAGGUAAAAUCGAAGGCAGCCUCCUCGGAACUUAUCUGCCGCUGACGUUCAGUUUGAUCGAACAAACAAACGGACGAGCGGAGCGCAGAUACGCUCGCGGGCGCCACCGGGAUCGCGAAGAGUGACGAGCGCGUCAGCGGCGCGGGGUUAAUGAUGGCGCCAUGUGGUAAGCACAGUGGCAUUUCUCGCGGCCAUGAGAGCCACUUUAUUAAAUUCGAUCUACGUCUCGCGAGUCUCGCACGUGUCCUAUCGGCCGACGGACAUUUAUAUCAGUUCCCGUUAGAUGCUCUUUCCACUUAUCGCUGCGAGCCUUCCCUUCGCCCACCGGCCAAUAGCGACAAAUGUAUUUUUAAUUCAGGGGGAAAAGUGCAACGGAGUGCAACUGAGAAACAAAAAACAUCAAGUCGAGCUCCGAAUAAUGGCGUCGAUGACCGUUAGCGAGACGCGGUCGCGGCGGAUCGGAAGGAGCGACGUUAUCAGACCGAACGCUCGUCGAUAUCAGCCGCUCGGACUGGCUUUUCUCGACGAAUGAUAUCAGAACGAUCAGCGCCUCGCGAUACGGCCUGGAAUUCACGAUAAACGCGUGCCUGCUUCGUAAAUCCGUGCGUCUCGGGUCGGAUUUUUGAGAUGCCGGGCUCGGAAACGGAAGUGCUCGUACUCGCAUUGUGCACGUGAGCUAAUGAGAGAGGGCCACGUGCUUCUUCCUGUACCUUUGCAGGAGUUUGAAGAAAAAAAUGCAGAUACACAUAUCCGGCGGAGGAAAGAGCGUAAAGUGACCGUUCACGUGUAUGCGCGCGCAAAAUUCCGCGUAGCUUGUUGUCUCUUCGCGUGUCCCGUUUGGCGAAUUGUGAUAUCGCGCCGUGAAACGACGACGACGACAACGACGAUGACGACGACGAUGACGAUGACGACGACAACGACGACGACGUCGUUCCAGUGCUGAACGUCACGCGAAUGUGCAGUGUGCACGACGAGCUCGGACGAUGCCGCUGUUUUUCCUCGUUCCUGAGGCGCAACGCGAUCGAAUCCCCCGGCGACGGCUACAUCGGCCCGUAGAUCUGAGCGCAUCGUCGCGAGAUUAGAAAAGAAGAAGAGAAGGCGGCGGCGGAGGAGGAGGAAGAGAAGGAGGUGCGCGUGGAGUAGAAGGAGAGACUCGCGGAAACCGAGAGAACGCGAUGUCGCACCUCUGGUGAGCCGCCUUCGCGACAGCGUCGCCGCGACGACGUCGUGAGGACCUUCCUGUCCGCGUCGGAAGAGAUAAUUUUACAACGACAGGAGAAAACAUGGCGGACCGUCACCGCCACCUCCGCCGCCGUUGCGCGUCUCAACCGCUUCCACUGUGAGGAUCCGCGCGAGCGAACGCACGCACGCACGCAGGCCCGCUGGAAUCUCGGUACUUCCGUAAGAGGGACCGGAAUUUUUGCUACGACUGCGUGACCGAAAAAGACGGUACCCAUUGUGACGAUAACGAUGACGAUGACGAUGACGACAACGACGACGACGACGACGACGAUGACGAUGACAUGAGAAAAAAGGAAGCAGACUCGCAUUGACGUUGAUGGGGAUCUCUCGUGAUAUCGCUUCCGAUAAAGGUUUUUAAUUGCUCCGUUAUAAGUCAAGGCUAUCAGCGAGCCAGCAUGCGAACGUUCGAGAAGAGGCGUUCAAGGCGCGCCGUGUUGCCCCAUCGCGCCGUGUUCGCGCGGAUGCGCCAGCAGCAGCGGCGGUGGCCGCGAGAUUAGCAGCAGUAACUGCGGCGGCUGUACGAGUACAAACAUCUCCGAAUCCCCGCGUGCAGGUCGACAAUGACACAGCUAACGGCGGGGCUCGGGCUGCCAUUGGGAUUGUGAAGGAUCGGGAUUAUUGGCCCUGCGGAGCGGAGCGCUAUGUUGCCUGCGGCGGGCAAGGGCGAGCGGAGAAAUCGUGGAAGCGCGCGGCUGUCGUCCAAGAUGUCGGGAAGGCCGCCCCGGUUGCGAAUACUGCGGCCGCGGCAGCCACAGCAGCAGGCGAAGAGUAGCGGCUUCGCCGACUUCUCGGUAGCCGACGAGGCGUCCUGCAGCCCGGAAGGUAACCUUAAAGAGGCCGCGAGCGAGAGGGUCGCCGACGCGAAGAGACGCGACGCGAGGGCGGCCGAUGCGAAGGCGGCCAACAACACAAAGACGGUCGCGAGUGCGAUGGCGAGCGAGAUGGACGACGACGACGACGAUAACAACGACGACGGGCUGAUGGCCGCCGACAAGGACGUGCGGCAGCCGCUGAGGAAUGUCGAGUUUGUCACGAGGAGAACCGAGGAGGUGAUCGAUCUCGAGCCGAACGAGCGGAAUUCGUACGACUGCAAGAGUAAUCCUACGAAAGUGCUACCCGACAUGAAGGACUACUUCAGGCAUCCGCAGAAGGAACACAAGCACAAGGGUAAAAGUGGGCACAGUCCAGUCGAAAAUCGGUGCCCUGCGUGUUCGUAUGUUGCUUUGAACGUGAAAGAUCUCGAAAAUCACCAAAGAGUGCAUCAUUUGAAAAGAAGAUUCUUUCGAUGCGCAAAAUGCUCCUACGUGACUCACGUCAGAGCUCGUUAUACUAAGCAUGUUAAAUAUCAUUCUAUGCCAAUGAUCAAGUGUGAUGCUUGUGAUUUUCGUACACCGUAUAAGUGGAAUCUAGAUAGGCAUACCCGGAAUCACGGAGGUGCAGGUGCUUUCCAAUGUCGUGUAUGUAACUUUACCGCUGAUAUUCGACAGAGCUUGACGGUGCACGAAACUAAUCAUCAUGAUCCACCUAUGGGUCAGACCAACCGCAAGAGUAAUAAUCCUUUCGAACGUAAGCUACGAAAUAGUCCGAAACGCUACAAUCAGGUUGGAGCGAGUGACUUUCGAGAAACAUUGAAUAAAUCAGUGGCGUCAAGUAUUUCUGAGACGUUUGUAUCAGACUCGUCGAUAAUUCUAGUGGAUGAUAAGAGAAGCGCCAUAGCCAGCGCUGAAUGCAUCGCGUUGAAAUGUGAGGAGAAGGGCUGUCAGUUCAUAACUGCCUGGGAUUCUGAGAUGCAGCGUCAUUUAGCCGAGUGUCAUGCACCAGUCAUUCCAUCCAAGCCAAGAAAACCACUGCCAAUGUUAAUUCCACUGAGUACACCUAACUCCAGGCCAAUCAGCAGCGCACCCAACAGUGGACCACCCACGACUUUACUGAAGGUUCCACGAGUCAGAGUCAGGCCUGAACUGGCGCAGAUCGCGAGAGACACCGAGCUGGCUAAAAUGUAUGGAAAUAAGGAGGCGACGAAUUCCAAGAAGGAUCUCAAUACCGCCGCCGGUAUAUUUGAGAGGAAAAAUGCCUCCUUCUUCGAUAAGCUUAAGGAAAAGUUAACGACAGCGACGUCGAUUAAUAACGGCGUGCCGGAGGUAGCCGUAAGUAGUGUGAACGACUUGAAAUGCUGGUGUACGUUUAAAGCUAGUAGCAUGGAAGAGCUGGCUUGUCACAAACAGACACACCACACUGCUCUCAGCGUAUCCGUGGGUACAACACGUUGUCCUAAGUGUAGAAGACGUUGCAAGAGCUCAACAGACCUUCAAGUGCAUAUGCAAUAUUGCCACACACGCAACGACACGACCACCACCGAUAGUAGUUUAGAGAAAAUAACGAACCGUUCAGACGUCCGCAUGACCCCGUACCGUGGUGAAUACGCUUUUCCAUCGCAACUGGAUUGGGACGCGAAUCUCAGAAGACUAAAUUCGUCUGGAUCCUCGGUUGAAGGUGGUUCGACACAAACGAGCGGCCGGCGGGUGUUCAAAUGUCCCCAUUGUCCAUUUUGGGCUUCCACCGCAAGUCGCUUUCACGUUCAUAUAGUCGGUCAUUUAAACCGGAAGCCGUUCGAGUGUUCUAUGUGCGCGUAUCGUUCUAACUGGCGAUGGGACAUCACAAAACAUAUUAAGCUUAAAGCAGCUAAAGACGCAGUGCAUAUCACCGCCAGAGUACUCAUGACGGAUGAGACUGGUCGACGGAAUUAUUCCAAGUAUAACAAAUAUCUCGCACAGGUAGAACAGCAAACAUGGGACGAGGAUCACAUGGAGGAGCGUAGCGUAGGAGAAACGAGUGUGAACGAGCCCCCGACGAAGGUGUUGAUCCUAAACAAUAAGGAAUACAUUCCUAGCGCCAGUCAGGUGACAAAUCCAGUCACGAUCUUGCCAUCGACCGACAGUAGUCGGAACAGUAGUCAUAACAUGGACCUGAGUCUGCGACCGCCGCCGCCUCUCAAAGCGGCGAUCAGGGCCCGCGGGCAGUCUUUGCUCAAGAAUAAUCCUAUCACGAUGAGCGUGCAAAAUAUUAGCGGUACCAGCGGUGGCGCGGUCACCAUAUCCUCAACGAUCGCGGCAGACGAGAGCAAACGUACUCAGUGGAAGUGUAAACGUUGCAACUAUCGGGAUUCCAACAAGGACAACGUAUUGUUGCACGUCAAGUCACAUUACGAAUCCACCGAUCAAGAGUCUACUGAAGAAAGGAACCCAUUCGGCUGCGGAGAUUGCCCGUUCUCAGCACCUGAUGCCGCUACUCUGUCCCUGCACAGGAUGCACCAUCGGCCGAACUUGGAAGCGAUAUUCAAGUGCUACCGUUGUCCAUACUACGUUAGUACAAAGGCAGAACUGUUGGAGCACGCUAGGCUUCACGGGGAAGAGCUGGCGGCUGUACAUCAGCAGAGCACGGAUCUGCAGGUACCCAACUCGAAAAUGCAGCAAGUAUUGACCUCCAACAGCGGCACUUCCCAGACAAAGAACGAGGCGUCAAUCGAGCAAGUGAUUCAAAUAACCACGCGCAAUAGCGUAACAUCAAUGUCGAAUACGUCGAAGGCCGCUGGAGGCCCACCGCCGCCGCCGCUCCUUUUGGACACGCGCUCCCUUCCGGAAGCACCGUUGGUCUGGGUAACGCGGCCAGAUGGCACCCUGAUGAAGAUGCUGAAGUGCCGUCAUUGCCCCUACGUGUCAUCGCGACGUGCCGAAGUGCAAGACCACGAGGCGAUGCACGCGUCCACCGAAGAGUCCGUGAUUCCCUGCACAGACUGCAGCUUCACUUGCUCACACAGGGAUGUUAUGAUCGCGCACACAGAUAUGCAUGCCGGGUGCCUGGGCACUGUUCACUGUCUCGUAGACGAGUCCCGCCCCGACUCCCAGCAGCUCAGCGACCUCAGCACCCUACUCGGGCUGAGCCACUCGCCGGUACUCGGCGCUGAGCCGGAUCUACAGGACUCUCGAUUGGUGCACUGCUGCGACAAGUGUCCGGCUCGGUUCCUGUGUGAAAAAGAGCUGCGGAUUCACCUGCGGUAUCACACCACAGACCUGGCGUAUUCGUGUCAGUGGUGUUCUUACGCGGCGCGUCAGCCGUCGCACCUGUUGGCCCAUCAGAAGGCUCACUCAUCGGAGUAUCAAGAGCGUACCAAGUACUUGCUGUCCGUGUACAACCACUCGCAGCGAUUCCCGCCGCCGGCGACGGCGUGCGUCGAAGCGGAGAAUCAAGAGAGCAACGACAGCGAGUUGAGCAACGUCGCGUGGAUCGUCGUCGAGGUCAACGAGAGCGUCAGUAGCUCGUACAACAGCGACAACGGCGCAUCAGCCAGCCAGAGAACCAACAAUCAAGUGUUCACAUGCGCGAAAUGCCCGGCGCGGUACUUCAAGUUGGACGCUCUAGAGUACCACAUGACGUUGCACGGCUCGAAUAAUCGUUACAAGUGCAACGACUGCGAUUACUCGUCGAAGACUGCGCAGAAUUUGGUAAAGCACCAGGUGGUUCAUCGGCGACAUAAUGAAGCCAGCGAGACGUCGGCGGUGUCGCCAACUGCCAACGUCUCCAUCACCGCCACCGCUUCAGCCACCGCGUCGCCGUUGCAAAAUAUGUCGCCGGACCCGCAGUUCGGGCUCUUCAUGCGCGGCAAUCCCAACUUCGUUUAUCCGGGCUACCUGCGGAACGGUCGUCUGAAGGAGAAGCGCUACAAAUGCCACAAGUGUCCGUCCGCGUUCGAGAAGCGCGAGCAGUACAGGGUGCACCUGACGCUGCACGGUGCGAAGCAGCGUUACCGCUGCGAGACCUGCGACUAUUCGGUCAAGUACUACGCGAACUACGCGCAGCAUCAGAAGAAACAUUUGGCGAACGCGGAGGCGCAGGCGUCGCGCCGGCAGUUUGAGGACGACCGGAUCUCGGUAGAGCACGAGGGCGAUGUCAUGGCUCCAACGCCACGUUCCGGCAAGUCCUUGCGAUCCACCGGCGCUGUUCACUCCUUAAUGAUGAAUCCCUCUGCGGCCGCCAACAACGGUGCGUUCAGUGUAGUGUGCAAUAACAAUGUUGCAGCCUUGCAGCCCUCCAAUCAAGACAAGCAGAGUUUGUUGCUGAUGCAGAAGAAGGGCAUUAUCUCGUCGACCGGCGAGAUCGAGCCCGAGACGAUCCGUUGCCAGAGCUGUCCUUUCUCCACCACCGACAAGGAAACCAUGGACGCGCAUAAGCGUCGACACGGCAUCGAACGCAUGACACCGCCGUGUCCGCACUGCGACUAUGUGCCGCGUAAGGACGAAAACGUCGGCGAGCACAUCAGGCUGCACUUCACCCGACUGUACAAGCCCGAGUCUUAUCUCAUCGUCGAGCUGCUGACACUGAUGAUGGAGAAGACGCCUACGAACGGCAAAGAGGAGAAGCAGCAGUGCGCGAAGGAGUUGCUUUUUAAAGAGUGUUCCGACGGCAGGUUUAUGCCGCUCGCGGAGUCCUUAAACUCUCACUCGUCGUUGAACGCUUCCUCCUCAACGAUUAACGUCCUCAAGGAGAAGGUCAUCGUCGACCCGAACACUGGCGAGACCAAGCAUCUUACCGUGUAA